UAUAAAUACGACUGCCCUAGACGUCCAGCCAUCAAACAAAAUCCUUGGCUCCCCCCGAAUCUAGUUCUCUCGAUGGCGAAUAAUAAUCAAGCAAGUCUUCUUCUCCAGAAGCAGCUCAAAGAUCUGUGCAAGAACCCGGUUGAUGGUUUCUCAGCUGGUCUCCUUGACGAGAGUAACGUUUUUCAAUGGAGCGUCUCCAUCAUGGGUCCUCCUGAUACCUUGUAUGAAGGGGGAUUCUUUAAUGCAAUUAUGACGUUUCCAGAUAAUUAUCCUAAUCAACCACCAACUGUGCAGUUCACUUCGGAGAUGUGGCAUCCUAAUGUUUAUUCUGAUGGUAAAGUUUGCAUAUCGAUUCUUCAUCCUCCUGGUGAUGAUCCUAAUGGUUACGAGCUUGCCUCUGAACGUUGGACCGCUGUCCAAACGGUAGAAAGCAUUGUGUUGAGUAUCAUAUCCAUGCUCUCGGGUCCCAACGAUGAGUCACCGGCUAACGUGGACGCUGCAAAAGAGUGGAGAGACAACAGGGCUGAGUUUAGGAAGAAAGUGAGUCGCUGUGUUAGAAAAUCGCAAGAGAUGCUAUGAGCAGUCUCUUGCUCCCCUGCGUUUUUAUCUUUUGUAGAAAUUUCUCUCCUAAGCUAAAAGAGAGAGAGAGCGAGCGUAAGAAGCAUCAUCAAUCAUCAAGAAGCAGCCGCCAGAUGAAUCUGUGUGCUCAAAAGCUUGUUUUCUUUUUUUCUUUUGGUUUUGGAGUUGGCUUUAAGGUUUGGAAUAUUGUGGUGGAAUCAAAUCCAGUCCACCUUUUAGGAUUAUAAUCUUACUCUCGUUAAUGGAUUCGUUUUCACAUUC